GUCAGAGCCUCCAUUGGUCAAAUCUCAACCAAAGCCGGGCCCCGGCCAAUAAUUUGUGAAUUUAUUUAAAAUUGUUGAUAUCUUGAUGAUAUUUUGAAUAAUUUUUCUUUUCACGGUGGAGAAUUAACUUUUUUGAGUAGUGGCACAUAUUUUAUGUAUAAAAUGUCCGACGACGAUUUUAUGUGCGACGACGAAGAAGAUUAUGGAUUGGAAUAUUCAGAAGACAGCAAUUCAGAACCCGACGUUGAUUUGGAAAAUCAGUACUAUAACAGUAAAGCGCUCAAAGAAGAAGAACCACUUGCUGCCUUAGCGUCGUUCCAAAAGGUACUAGAUCUUGAGCGAGGCGAAAAGGGAGAAUGGGGCUUUAAAGCCCUCAAACAGAUGAUAAAGAUAAAUUUCCGUUUGUCUAAUUUUGAUGAGAUGAUGAUACGCUAUAAGCAACUUUUAACAUACAUCAAGAGUGCUGUUACCAGAAAUCACAGUGAGAAAUCUAUUAAUUCCAUAUUGGAUUACAUUUCAACUUCAAGGAACAUGGAGUUGCUUCAGAAUUUUUACGAAACAACUCUAGAAGCAUUAAAAGAUGCAAAAAAUGACAGGCUGUGGUUCAAAACAAACACUAAAUUGGGCAAACUCUACUAUGACAGAGGUGAUUUUAAUAAGUUGGCUAAAAUACUUAAGCAAUUACACCAAUCGUGUCAAACUGAUGAUGGAGAAGAUGAUUUGAAAAAAGGCACCCAGUUAUUGGAAAUUUAUGCAUUGGAAAUUCAAAUGUACACCGCUCAAAAAAAUAACAAGAAGUUGAAAACAUUGUACGAACAGUCUUUGCAUAUAAAAUCAGCCAUUCCUCACCCUCUAAUCAUGGGUGUAAUCAGGGAAUGCGGUGGUAAAAUGCACCUGAGGGAAGGAGAAUUUGAAAAGGCACAUACCGAUUUUUUUGAAGCUUUCAAAAAUUAUGAUGAAUCUGGAAGUCCAAGGAGAACCACUUGCCUCAAGUAUUUGGUUUUGGCUAAUAUGUUAAUGAAAUCAGGCAUAAAUCCAUUUGAUUCUCAAGAAGCUAAACCAUACAAAAAUGAUCCUGAAAUUCUAGCUAUGACCAAUUUAGUCACAUCAUACCAAAAUAAUGAUAUUAAUGAGUUUGAACAUAUUUUAAAGCAAAAUAGACAAAAUAUCAUGGAUGAUCCUUUUAUAAGAGAACAUAUUGAAGAUCUAUUAAGGAAUAUUAGAACCCAAGUACUAAUAAAACUAAUUAAGCCUUACACAAGAAUUCAAAUUCCUUUUAUAUCCAACGAGUUAAAUAUUGAUGUUCAAGAAGUCGAAAGUUUACUUGUCGCUUGUAUUUUGGAUAACACUGUACAAGGCCGCAUUGAUCAAGUCAAUCAGGUUCUUUUCUUAGAUAGGACAACUAUAAAUACGGCAAGAUAUAACGCCUUAGACAAAUGGGCCAACCAGUUGAGUACUUUACAUACUGCUAUUGCUAAUAAAAUGGCCUGAUAUGGAGGAUUUGAAGAAGAGUUGGACGUGAUACCGCUUAACGCACCUCUGUAGAAUCGUUUUACUUUUCAACACUAUUGUAGAAACUUCAUGAAGUUUUUUUUUUUUUUUUGUGUGUUAGUGUAUCAUUAAUUUAUCAUGUUUAUUGUACUGAAAUAUGAUAUGUGUAUACAUUAGUUUCAUAAGUAAAAAUUGUUUUCUCAGAUUUUUCACUUCUCUGUCCCUCAUAAGCGGCCAAAAGUUUAACUUUUUGAGCAAGACCGAGAUCCACUCGUGGUUUGUUUUGUUCGAUAAAAAGACCCUACUCAAUAAAUCCUGAAAG